UCAAAAUGGCGAACGACGCUGUGAUUGUCAUAUCUGCUUUGACUGCGGGCCUUGCCUUUGUUUAUUAUCGUUUACGUUGCUAUUUUGCAGGUGGAGUAUGCUCGAAUACAGUCUCGAUGAAAGGGAAGACUGUGAUUAUCACUGGAGCGAACACAGGGCUCGGUAAAGAAACUGCCCUUGAGCUCGCUCGUCGCGAGGCAAGGGUUAUUCUCGCUUGCAGGAGUCUUGAAAAAGGACAUAAGGCAGCUGAUGAAAUCCUUGCGAAGGUUAAAGAUGCAGCAGUAGUUGUGAAGAGUCUUGAUCUGUCAUCUCUGGAGUCAGUCCGUACAUUUGCAGGCGAAAUUUUAAAGGAGGAAGGGAGGUUGGAUGUCCUUAUUAACAAUGCAGGGGUGUAUAUGGACCCUCCUGUACCCAAAACCCAAGAUGGUUUUGAGAUGCAUUUCGGUGUAAACCACCUCGGGCAUUUUUUGUUGACAAAUUUAUUAUUAGAUCUGCUUGGGAAAUCAUCACCAAGCAGGAUUGUUGUUGUGUCAUCAAGCUUGGCUAAAAGAGCCUCUAUUGAUUUUGACAAUAUUCACGGAGAGAAGGGUCACGUGAAACCUGGAAGGGAGUACCGCAUGAAAGGUCCCUAUGCUCAAAGCAAACUGGCAAACAUGCUUUUUGCUCACGAGUUAAACAAAAGGCUUCCUGAUGGUGUGACUGUCAAUUCGCUGUGCCCUGGGUUGUGUUGGACUGAACUUCACCGCAACUCAAAACUAAGCCUGCUGAAAAAAUUGUUCCUGUACCCAAUUGCAACAGUAGUGACAAAAAGGCCCUGGGAAGGAGCUCAGACAAUCAUUUACUGUGCAACUGAGGAUAAGUUAAACCAAGUUUCUGGAGGAAUCUUUGCUGACUGUGAUGUGAAAGAAUUUCCUCCUAACACCAGAGAUGAUGGAGUGGCAAGGAAGCUCUGGGAAUUGAGUGAAACUUUGACUCAGAAGUGAGAACCAGAGGUUUUCAUUGACUAAAGAACAGUAACCUUCUAAAGCUGGGGUUUCACUAAAAGUGGGUUACCUGUGGUCUAUUGCUGCCUGUAACACCUCUCACUGGUGUCUGUUUAGCCUGUGAGCAGGCUUUUGUGUGUUUGGUUUACUACUUACACCAUUUGCAGCUGCUUAUCCCUUUUGCUCCCAAGAUCUCCUUAGUAAUCCUUGUUACUGUCUUCUAUUCAAUUCCUUAAGAUGGGAAGUGGUCACCAUGCAAAUGUUGAUGAUGAAGAGGAAGAGAACUGAUAAGGGGGUAAUGAUGAUGGUCCAACAUUUCUUCACAGAACCCUCCUAACUGGAAACCUCAAAAUGUAAUACGCAUAUAUGUAUAUGUUAUGAUUGAGAAGGGAAUGUGCCUGCCACACCCUGCCGUUUCUGUGACCUCCUCAUCCUAAAGUGUUGCUUUUUUUUUUUAAUAGAAUAAACAGGUUUGUCCAGUUUGAGGGUGAUAAUUGUGACCAUAUUUAAUAUAUUUGGACAAUAAUUACUUAAAUUUGGAUUAAUUUAGUACCCAAACAUCACAAUUCAGAAUGCUUGAGUAAAAAACAUUUAAUAAUUUCUUACAAGAAGGCCUUAGUUAAACUAUAUUGUGUCUUCCUAAUUAUAAUUCAGCAUUUAACUCGAUUCAUGACCAUAUUUGCAUUGUGUAUCUUUAAAGAAAUUCUUCCCUGAUUUCCUGAAGUAAGAAGUCAAUAUUUGCAUGACUUGUUUUAAUAUCAGAUAGAAUAAACUCCAUAAAAUUCUA